AUGGGGAGCUGCUCACGCUGCCCUACUCUCCCUCUCAUCCUCCUCUUCCUGGGACUGAUAUCCGUAGCUCAAGUUGCACUCGCCGGACGUAAAGUUCCGGCCAAUUCGGACACGAAGGAGACCGAGUUCCUCGGCCAUGAAGGCACUGUACUGAUUCCUGGUAUCGGGCGGUACAUGAUCGGCAGCCAUGAGAUGCCUGGAUUCCGUGGUUUAGACCACAGCAUCCCAGCUGCAGCUAAUGGCGAGUAUCUUCCUGGGAACGAUGACACCUUUGUUCCCAACCCCGGGUAUGAGGUCCCCAAUCCAUUCCGCGGAGUGAUCCCAUGA